AUGGACCAAUCGACUAAGCUGAAUCAAUCUUGUUCUCCGUCAUCGAUGCAAAACAAGUUAUUCAAUGGUGUCCAAAUGAAAGUGAAUCGUGUAUUAGAUUGUGAUUAUUGUCAUUUACCUUGUACCACUCAAAAGCAUAAUAAAUCUUACAUCGCUUCACUAAAUCCUACCAAAGAACCAUGUUCAAUGAGAAAUUCUUUUUAUGUACCUGAAAAUCGACAAACUAUUAUGGGAUCAUUUUGUCGACAACUGACCUCAUCCAUAAUUCCUCCUUCCGAUCCUAUUUUAUCUUAUUGUAAACCAACAGAUUUACAAUUGACUCCGAAUAAUGAUUACAUUGCAUCAAUGCCAUCGAUGUUUCAACCGUUACCUUUCUUACUACAAUCGACCUCGUCUUCAGUGAUACCGGUCUCAUCGUCAUCGACCUUAUCGUCCAGUUUAUCACCUUUUCAUAGUCCAUAUAAUUUACCAUCGUCUGUUUAUCCGUCCGUACCAUUUUCUAAUCAUCUCCGUCCUUCAUACUGUUCUUUCUCAUCUCAUAGUUUAAAACCUAUUCCAAGCGUUAAGCCUUAUUUAUCCUCUAAUCGUGCACACUUAGAAUCAUCUAGGAUUAUGUUGGAUAGUGUCAAUACUAAAUCAUUUAAUCAAACGACUACAUCCAAUGCUCUCAGUACAACAAUAACAACUGCGACUAUGAAUAACGCUGCUAUAAUUACAGAUAAAACAGGAGAUUGUGCUUAUCAUCAAUCCGAACAAUUAAAUUCAACUUUAUUACAUCAUGCAUCCGGUGAUAGUUUAUCUAAUCAAGACAGUAAAUUCUCCUUUUUACAUCCACCUGUUUUCCAUUCCUCCUCUCUUAAAACGUCUGCCAUCGUUGAAAAUAUUAGUGAUAAUAAUAACUCUUUAACAAAUUUAAUUGCUGAUCUAUUCCCGACAUCCAGUUCAAAUAUUCCCCAAACUUGCCUAAUUCCAUCAUCAACAUCAUUGACUUGCAGAAAUGUAUCUCAAUUAACACAAACCUCUACUGUAUCUUCAGCUCAACUACCUAGUAAUAAUCUAAACGAUAAUCUAUCAAAUAACUACGAAAAUGGUAUGUUGAUUACUAACAGUAAUAGUAAUGGCAGCGGUAAUGGUAGUACCAGUACCAGUACUACUAGUUGCAUCACUAAUAUCAAUGAUGAUUUGACUAUUGACAAAAAAUUGCCUAAUCUUAAUAUUGAAAAUUCAUCUGCGUCAAAUACUUCGGAAAGCUCAAAUGCUGACGAAAAAUGCACCAGUCUUCCACGUUUCAAUUUACGCUAUACUAAUGUACUUCACUAUCCAAAAUAUUCCAGUCGCAAAAAUUCAGGCUUUGAAAGACGUCUUAAACAUACUGGACUAAUUUUAGAUGCAAAGUCAACUUUACGUUUAUUAAGAAAAUUUUUACAACCAUUUGUUAAUCGAGAUUUUGAUCAGCUUAUAAAAAAGUAUAUGGAUGAUUUCAUUCUACUGGCUGUGAAUAAUAUUCGUGAUGUAUUAGGUGAACAAUCUGUGUCUGAAAAUGAUUUGACUAAAUUUCGUCAAAGUUUAAUCCAUCGGGCUGCCGUACGUUAUUUCCCUGAUCUUCCUCAGAGGGAUUUUAUCAAUCAUCAGGGAACUAGAAGUAAUCCUUCUCCAAAAACUAGGGAUAACAAACCUGAAAAGCAAAGUAGCCAAAGAUCAGAUUCGAUUAUGCGGUCAAAAAUAAAUUCAUGUAGUUCUUUUCCUUCGAAACUGAAUUCACGUAUUCCAACUCCUGAUUCAUUAGAGUCAUCCAUGUCUUUUAAUAACUCUCCUCAUCUUUCACCGAUACCUAGCUCAGAUCCAACCAGUUUCGACAAAUCUUUUCUGUCUACUAAUGAUAUUACGAAUCCAGCUGUUGACAAAACCUUUCGAACUGUAUAUUCACCUCUACAUAAUCCAGUCACCGGAGAUAAUGAAUCACACUAUCGUUUAAGAAAUAUCUCUAAUGAUCCAUCACUUAGAAAUGUACGUAAAAGAUUACAACCAUCCAACCGCUUGAAAAUUUCCCCGAUCUCCUAUGAUAAAUCUAAGUCUGACAAUAGUAAUCAUCCUUUAAUUAAUACAGAAUCGUUCACCACCGCAGACUGCGAGAUUAAUGAUUUACAAGAAAAGUGUACCAGUUUACCAUUGUCUUCUCAUUCGCCGUCAUCAGCUUCAUCAAAUUCUACAGUUGGAUUUUUCCGUGAUCCAUUUAGUUCAGAUAGUGAGGGGACAUUAAUUGAUUCAUCAAAUAUCAAGUUAUCAGAACAAACUAACAAUACACAAAUCAAUAGAUCAUCAACAUAUGCAUUUCAUUAUUCGCCUAAUUUAUUAUCAACUAUCAAAAAUAAUUCCAAUGCUCCAAUUCAUAGACUAAAAUCAAAAUCAUCAAGAGGUCGUAAAACUCCGUGGUGGGACAGAACUCGUGGCAAAAAAUCCAAAGUUACUACUAAUAAUAAUAACAUUCAAUGCGAUAAACAUAAUGAAGGUUUAUCAUAUGAGAAGAAUUCACUAGUUGAAGCUGAUUAUCGUCAGUUUAUCAACACACUUUCCAAUCAAUCUGUUACUUCAUCUGCAAUUCAUGCUAGCAACAAUAUCAGUAAAGAUCUCCCGCAUAGUUCUAAUCAAAACAUCCACAACAAUGAUAGUAAUACAUGUAAAAAUACGUCGUCACGUCUAUCUAGAAAAAAGUGCACUCAAAUAAAAAAUACUAUGAAUAAUUUUACUACCAAAAAUAGCAAUGUAAUGAAGUUCACAUUUGAUCAAAAUACGCAUUUCGCGUUGGGCUCAUCAGCAAACACAUGGCUUGGUAUGGGUACUGCACGUGGUCGUAUUUACAGUAAACAUCCAGAAUUAUUUCGUUAUAUUUGUGAUAAUGAAGAUAAAGCAUGGCUUGUUCAAACUGGUCUGAUCAUUAGUCCUGGUGUCAAAGCAUAUUUAGUUCAUGCUGAACAAGUACAUCAAAUUGCUACACAGCAAAUCAAUUCAUAUUCAUCAAAAGCUGAUAUAGAAAAACUAAGAACCUUUAAACUACCUUAUUGGUUUCUACAAAAAGUUAAAACUGUUGCAUCACGUCAUUCAUUUUUCGUGCAUGUUAUAUCAACUGAACUAGAGUCCACGAAGAAUGAAAUAGAAAAAAAUAUACAGGAUAAUUCUUCAUCAGUUGAUAGACCAUUUGCUUCUCCUUUUAUACAAUCUUCGUCAUCAUCUAUGUCCCUGUCAAAUAUUAGUCAAUUCAAAUUGGACGAUUCAACCUCUUUGUCAAAUCCAAUGGAAACUAAUCAUUAUACUAGUCAUAAUAUUAUUACUACUAUACCAUCAUCGAGAAAAAUCCUCAAUUCUCCAGUUAUAUUUUCUUCCUCAUCACCAUCAGCAUUGUCGUUGGCUUCUUCUUCAUCUGUCACAUCUAAAUAUUCUUUGACUGCAUCAUCGUCAGUUCAGGAAUGUCAUGACAUGGACAAUAAUCAAGACAGUAAUAAUAAUAACAGUAAUGUUCUAUUAAACCGUAACUACACCAAGUCAAAUUGGAAAUCAACCAAUUCUUAUUCGAAAACUAUGUCUAUUGACUACGCUGACCAGAAUAAUAACAAUAAUUUAGUGAAUGAAAUUCAGUCACUCCCUAGUCCCAACCCACCUACAUUGGAACGUUUUGAUUAUACUACUAAUAGAUAGACAGCUAGUAAUAUAUAUAUAUAUGCAUUACUAAUAAUGUUCAGUUCUUUUUUCUUUUAAUUAAUACUUGUGUCUUUCAGUUCAUUUGAUUUAUUUAUUUAUAUUCGUUCAUCCGAUCACUCACUUGUUGCCAUUUCUUUUUCUAUCCUAUAACCUUAUUUCUAGGAUAUUCCAUUUUUC